UUUUUUUUUUUUUUUUUUUUUUUGGAGGUAGGGAAGAAAAGGCAAAGAAAAAAAGAGGUUUACUGCAGCUACUGCGAACUGUCAAUCCGCUCAGUCCCCAUUUUAGGAGCGAAAGCAAAGAUGGAGGGAGCAAUUAAAACCGUGGUGGGUGUCUACCUGAAGUCAUCCAAGGGAAAGGAAAACCUCGGAGGAAAGGAGUUCCAGAGCCUCGUGAAGAACCAGCUGAAGAACAUUAUGACGGGCGCAGAGGACAAUGAGGCAGUUACAAACAUGCGUCAACAGCUUGACAACAACCAGGAUGGGAAGGUCGGCUUCCAGGAGUAUAUGAAUCUGAUUGGCUAUCUGGCGCAGGCUCUCAGCAACCAGCGUUGUUUGGAAAAAGAAACGCAAGCAGAGAGUUCAAUCCAGGAGACACAGCCUGAGGCGGCAGCCAAUGCACAGGCAGAGCCACAGGCGGCAAAGGAGGCGGAGAAAGAAGACAAGCCAGUGGUCGAGAAGGCAGCGAAUCCCGAAGAGCUGAAGCCAGAGGAAGAGAAAAAAACAGAUGUGGAACAGGAAGAAGCGAAAGCUGAAGAGAAUAAAGCUGAAGAGAAGAUCAAAACUGAGGAAGCGUCGUAGAAGCUUGAGGAAGUCCAGAUUGUCGCCAUUCAAAUGCUUCUGUGUUUGUUUUAUUUGUCAUUUUCAUUAUUGUGAUAUUUUACUACACACAUUCGAAACCAAUACACUACCAAUUUUAUUACUACACAGAAGUGUAGCCUUCUUAAUAAUACUAAUUUCUGAUCGUAUGCAAAUUAGUUCGUGCCUGUGAUUCAUUUUUGUAAUAUUAGUGUGUGUGUGUGUGUGUGUGUGUGUGUCGACAGCCGCAAAUGUGACAAAUGGCCAAAGGGGUGCAAUACCUGAUCAUUAUGUCCUUAUGUUUGAGCCAGAUUUGUUGUAAGGGUACUGCAACCACUGUGUCCCCUCUCCAAUAUCUCCACAAAACAUCCGUGAAUGAAGAACAGACAUCGGUUUUAUAGCUUACAUUUAGGCAUUAUUAAGUAUGUUUGUGCCACUCUCUCAGUCGACUUCGGUGCUAGUCGUAAAUGUACUAUGUAUUUUCCAGUGUUGCAGAAGUGUAAAAAUGGCACUUUUUGUUUGAUGAAUUGCCCUUCUGCAGGAAUUUAACAUAUUCCGUCGCCAUUCAAAUGUGGGACUUGCGUUUGUGGCGCACAUGGGAACACUAUGCAGUCCACAUAAUAUGUUGUUCACAUUUCCGGGCCUUGUUUGCAUGAGAAUAAACAGAUUUGCUUUUAAAUAA